GUUUUCAUUAUGGAACUUAACAACGAAGAUAAAUAUGGUACAGGCGACAACCAUCGAUGUUUAUCAUCAUUUUACGAUUUUGUUUAUGAAAAGCCAUUUGGAAGGAAAUUAAUAGUGAGAACAGACGGGGGAAGGAAAGGAGGUAGGAACAACAAAAGGGAGAGAAAGAGAGAGGAAGAGAAAGAGAGAGAGAGAGAGAGAAAAUCGGAAGAAAUACCGUUGAGGAUUUUAAGAACUGAUCCAUAUUUAAAUCAAACGAUACAUAUUUGCAAAAGGGCAUACCGAUUACAAGCACAACAUCCGGUAUUCAAUCCG